AUGAAUUUCAGAUCGUUUUCGAAGGAUCGUUACGGGUUUGACGCAGUGUGCGUGUUCGUGGACCGUCCCUCUAAGCGGCCGAUCUCAGUCCCUUGCCACAAGGAUAUUGAUGCGAAGGGAACUUCGCGUCUGUUUGUCGGCCAUGUUUAUCGCUGGGUAGGCCUUCCUGAAUCAAUUGUGUCAGAUCGUGGUGGCCAGUUUGUGUCCGAAUUCUGGAAAGAGUUCUGCAGAAUCCUUGGUAUCGACCGAAGAUUGUCAACGGCUUAUCAUCCACAGACCGAUGAGCAGAGCGAGAUCGGCAAUCAAUACAUGGCGCAGAGAUUGAGACCCUUCGUUAAUUACUAUCAAGAUGAUUGGUCCGAAUACCUUCCGAUGAUUGAUUUUGCUGCUGUAUUUGGAUGCUCGAGCAAGUGA